AUGGCUCAUGGAGACAAUGAACAAGAGGGUUUUUUCGCUAUACAUGCAUCACCCGAAUCUGUCAUUAUUGUUGAUUUUAAUGCUCCAGCAGCUCAUGUUGCACUACACAAGUGGCAGCCAAAAGCUCCUGAUGGCCAGGGUACACCAUUCCUUUUUCAGCAUGGAAAAGCUGUUGCAAGCUCCAAUGGUGGAGCAUUCAUGCGCAUGUUCAAAGGGCCAGCCGGAUCUGGUUUUGAAGAAUGGCAGUUUCCCCAGGCAUUAGCAUUUGCAGCAUCAGGAAUCAGAAGCUCAGCUCUGGUUUCCAUAACAUGUGACGAAGAAAUCAUCACUGGUGGGCACGCAGACAACAGUGUCAAGGUAAUAUCAUCUGAUGGAGCCAGAACCAUUGAAACAGCCACAGGACAUUGUGCUCCUGUGACAUGCCUUGCUUUGUGUGCUGAUAGCAACUGCCUUGUAACUGGGUCUCGAGAUACGACUGUGAUACUCUGGAGGGUGCAUCGGGCUUCUGAAUCACAUUCAAGCAAUAUUUCAGACCCUACAAUUUCAUCUGGCGCACCCACUUAUUCUAGUAGUGGUCAUCUAGCAAACAUCUUGGCAGACAGUAGUCAGAGACUGCGUAUCGAAGGCCCAAUACACGUCCUCAGAGGCCAUCUUAGUGAAAUAACUUGCUGCUGUGUCAGUUCUGAUCUGGCAGUAGUUGCUUCAUGCUCCAACUCUUCGAACGUGCUGCUUCAUUCUAUAGCAAAGGGCCGUUUGAUCACGAGACUGGUGGGUGUGGAGGCACAUUCUCUCUGCCUUUCAUCUCGAGGUGUCCUAAUGACUUGGAUCAAAUCAGAGCAGAGGCUCAGCACCUUCACUGUCAAUGGGAUUCCGAUUGCCACAGCACAAUUGUCAUCUGGCCCUAUCAGCAUUAGUUGCAUGGAAGUCUCAGUUGAUGGAGAAAAUGCUCUGAUUGCGAUUAGUUCAUGUUUGGAUAAUGAUGGGACCAAUAAUACCAGCAGAAAUGUGGAAUCCAAUGAGAAUGAGGCUGAAGGUAUUGACCUAGGAGUGAAUAGGAAGAGCCCUAACAACAGGCUGACUGUUCCGGUGCCUUCAAUUUGUUUCCUGGAUCUGCACUCACUUAAGGUAUUUCAUACAUUGAAGUUAGGAGAAGGGCAGGAUAUUACUGCUCUGGCUCUAAACAAGGAUAACACAAACCUUUUAGUGUCAACAGCAGAUAAAAAGUUGAUAGUCUUCACUGAUCCGGCUUUGGGUGGAAGUGGUGGAUCAAAUGCUUAA